UACAUAACCCUCUUCAUCAUUCCCUUCUCCUCUCCAUGAUCAUUUCAACAUGAACAACUGUUGUUAGCUUUGUAAUUGAACAAGAGUUUGAAGCUGAUGGAAGGAGGGAAGAAGAGCGAAACAAAGGUGUCGAGCGAUGAGGCUGAGUCAGCGGAGCAAGUGAAUGAUGAUGCAGGGACCGGUCGGUCUUAUGAGUGUAUGUUUUGCAAGAGAGGGUUCACAACAGCACAAGCACUCGGCGGGCACAUGAACAUACAUAGAAAGGAUCGAGCGAAGAUGAGGCAACCUCCGACUAAUCUUGCGAAGAAGACAGAUGCAUCUUCUUCUCUAGGGAAGGAUGAAGGCGUUAGGAGGCCACAGGAGUUAAGUUUGUUUAAUAAGGAUGUUCCAUUGAGUUUGAGCAUGAGGUUUGAUGGUGGAGGAUUGGAAGAUGGAGGGGAGAAGAUGAAGGAAGGUGAAGAAGAGGUUGAUUUGGAGCUAAGACUUGGUCAACAUCAUGAACCCUAACAAGGAUAGUUAGGGUUCAUCUUUGGCUUUUAAUAUUUCGUGAAGAUGGUAUCUAAUAUAUAUAUUUAUACAUAUAUACUAUGGAUUUUUCAUUGUUAUAUAUGUACAGAUAGGUAGUAAGUACUGAUUCUUUGAUGAGUUGAUUAUAUCUUGUUAUUUGAUCAU